AUGAACGGCAGCGACCAAAUACAACCAACCCACUCCCGGGAAGACCACAUCAUCCCCGUCAAGCAGGUCAAGUCCAAGUCAAACUCCACAAGCAAGGACAUGGCUCCCCAGGACCCAGAGGCGCGCACCUCGAGCGACGUCGACGGCAUGUUCUCGGGCGAGGUGGUGGGCGAGAUCCGCGAGCGCGAGUACCAGGAGGACAUCGAGAAGAGGUUGACGAAACAGGGCGACGCCCACUUCCACCGCCUGGGCUGGAAGCGCCUGACCGUCGUCCUCAUCGUCGAGGCCAUCGCCCUCGGCAGUCUGAGCAUCCCCUCGGCGUUCGCCACCCUCGGCAUGGUGGCGGGCGUCAUCGUCACCGUCGGCCUGGGUCUCGUCGCCAUCUACACCAGCUACGUCGUCGGCCAGGUCAAGCUGCGCUUCCCGCACGUCUCGCACUACGCCGACGCCGGCCGCCUGAUCUGGGGCCGCUUCGGCUACGAGCUCGUCGGCAUCAUGUUCUCCCUGCAGCUGACCUUCCUCGUCGGGUCGCACUGCCUGACGGGCACCAUCGCCUUCCUCAACCUGUCCAACAACGGCGCCUGCUCCCUCGCCUUUGGCGUCGUCUCGGCCGUCAUCCUGCUGCUGCUCGCCAUCCCGCCCUCCUUCGCCGAGGUCGCCAUCCUCGGCUACAUCGACUUUGUGUCCAUCAUCCUCGCCAUCGGCAUCACCAUCAUCGCCACGGGCGUCGAGAGCAACGAGGCCCCCGGCGGCCUGGCAGCCGUGGCCUGGUCCGCCUGGCCCAAGGACGGCCUGACCUUUGCCGAGGCCUUCAUCGCCAUCACCAACAUCGUCUUCGCCUACUCCUUCGCCGUCUGCCAGUUCUCCUUCAUGGACGAGAUGCACACGCCCCAGGACUUCCCCAAGUCCAUCUGGGCCCUGGGCCUCAUCGAGAUCUUCAUCUACACGCUGACGGGCGCCCUCAUCUACGUCUUCGUCGGCCAGGACGUCAAGGCCCCGGCCCUGCUGUCGGCGGGACCCCUCAUGUCCAAGAUCGCGUUCGGCAUCGGCCUGCCCGUCAUCUUCAUCUCGGGCUCGAUCAACACGACCGUCGUGGCGCGGUACAUCCACGGCCGCGUCUUCAAGGGCUCGGUCAUCCGGUACAUCAACACGCCCAUGGGCUGGGCGACGUGGCUCGGCCUGUGCACGGCCGUCACCAUCGUCGCGUGGAUCAUCGCCGAGGCCAUCCCCUUCUUCUCGGACCUGCUGUCCAUCUCGUCGUCGCUCUUCAUCUCGGGCUUCACCUUCUACUUCCCCGCGCUCUUCUGGUUCCUGCUCAUCAAGGAGGGCAAGUGGUACGAGCGCAAGAACCUGCUGCUCAGCGUCGUCAACGGCAUCGUGUUUUUGAUCGGCAUGGUCGUCCUGGUCGGCGGUACUUACGCCAGUAUCAAGGACAUUGUGAGUUUUGAACUUUCUCCCAAGGGAUUUUGA